UUUUUUUUUUGGUCAUGUCUUCACCGGAAUUGUAUGAACCCGAGUUGUCUGAAUUAUCCGAUGAAGCGACCGCUCCAAUGGAACCGGCUCCCAUGCCUCGUAUUAAACUAAAACUUCGUCUCAAUCCGUCCGCUGCACCUACAGCCACCGCGGUCACCAGGGAAGCCGACGAACAAGUCCCGGCACCCAAGCGGAAAAAGUCGAAAAAGAAAAAGUCGCACCAUAAAAAACACAAACGACGUUCGCAUGCCGAUACCGAGGACGAUCUCGACGUGCAUGACGCUUUGACACAUCGUCGCUUUGAUCGCCGUGAAAGCGAAGUGAACAUUGAGGAUGAAGGUGAUGACAUGGCCGCUCAACCGGUCACCAAUACCCAAGCUCACAUACCGAUCGGUGGCAAGCGUCCCUUUGCAAUGUUACAAGCGGAACGGCAACAAGAGAAUGCCGAUUCUGAAUACUCAUCGCGAGUCAACAACAAAGGCGCACGCCAAGCGGAAUCCGUCGAACCAUCGGAAGUCGACGAGCGAGAGUACGACGAUGGUUUUCAAUACGUACACAAAGACGAUACGCCCCGUCAUUAUCACCGUCGUUCUGAAGAACCAGCAGCCAAAUCUACCAAGGGUAAAAAGCGUGGUCGUCCCUCAAAAACGAAAGCACCUGUGGUGACCCCACCCCCUCCUCGACCGACGCUGCCUGAACCGUCCAGGAAAGACUUCAAAGCCGCCUGUAUCAAGUUGCUGGAAACCCUGAUCAAACGCGAUGCGUAUGGAUUCUUCCUUGAACCGGUGGAUACCAACAUCGUGACGGACUAUCUGUCUGUUAUCAAACGACCCAUGGACUUUUCUACCAUGAGACGAAAAGUAGAAUCGGACGUUUACCGGUCCUUUGAUGAUUUCCGUCGCGAUUUCAUGCUUAUUGUAACCAAUGCAAAGACAUACAAUGCUCCCAACACCAUCUACUGGAAAAGUGCCGACAAACUCUCGAAUUUCGGCCUUCGAUCCAUUGAACGGGCGGCCAAGGCGGCCACCACCCCGACACCUCAACCCAAUGAAUUGGAACGAUAUAAACUAUCGAAACGCCACAGUUCGCCGUAUGUUGCUCCACCGUUAACAUCAGCAAGGGACACGGCAGUCAAGGUGGAAGAAGAGGUCGAUAUUCUAGGUCUUGAACCCACCGUGGCACCGCAGAAAAGAGCGAGUCAGAGUGAAGUGGACGUAGCCUCUACCCGUCAUACCAGUGUCGAUAUCAAUUCACGUCCCAUGACCCCUAUUCGCGCCCUGUCGUCCAAGAAGAAGAAGAAGAAAGUCACUGAAGCCGGUGCCAUUUAUGCUCCUGACGGAUCCCUGAACGCUGUAGGCGGAGUGGACGAUCUGAAUACGCUGAUUCCAAAAGAACAUCCAUUCGCGGAUCGACCCCAGUUGACCACCGUGAAUCCUCAAGCGUUGCCAUCUGCAUUCUUCCUCAACCGUAUAUCUUCCACCACAUUUGACGAUUGGGCCAGUAACAAACAUUUGAUCCAUUCGGCUCAUUUUUGCGACUACGGUCCAUUCACGACGCUCGGAGCACAGACCCCCGGUGUGUUCUAUACAGCGCAAGAUGCAUCCUAUAUCUAUCCAUUGUACGGUGACGACCGUGGCGAAGCUUACAUGAAGAGUCUGUGGGACUUUGCCGAUGAUCUUGAUCUGGAAGGAUCCAUGGAUAAGAUUUCGGUGUAUUUGACACGAGGGGCUUGGGAUGUAGCCAAGGAAGUGGUGAAAGAGAAGCCCGCUUCUUCUGUAAAGACCGAGUUUGGAGAAACAGAUGUGGCAAGCAUCGUCGAUCGGUAUAAACAGGCGAACCCCACCACCGCCACCAUGGCGACACCUGCCACUAUGCCAACCACCACCACAACCGCUUAAAAACUUCGUUGUAAAUGUUUGAAUUGUACAGUUUAGUAAUACAAAAAAAAGAUAUACAUAUAACUUCAGGAAAACAGUGUUAUUGAAGAAGAGUCAGUGGUCGAUUAGAGUCGUUGACAUUGGAAACUUACAAGUUUUGUGCGAACAGAU